CGCUUGUGCAGUGAUGACGCCCCGCAGAAUGAAGUAACUGUCCAGUCCGGUCGUGGUACAAGUACGGGCAUCGAUCGAAAUAGUAAGGUGCAGUCGUAGAGUGAGGUAGUGCCAGUGAACAAGAGAGAAAAAAGCACCAGGAACAGACUUCUCUUUUGCAAGCUUCACCUUUUACCUGGUGUAUACUAGCACUUCAGUUUUGUUAUUGUCCAAAAAGGCCAGGCUGCAUCAUUAAUCAGUACCUCCUACCUGGGCGUGAGUGUUUGGUAUGAUCGUUGUGUUGAGAGAGGGAUAUUGGAAACCCGUCGACAACAAACAACACUGAAGGAAAGCUUCCGGUUUCCUCUGCACGCAUCCGUGGGACCAAGGGACCUUCAUUUUAUCGCAACGCUCGACGACGGCUUACCGUGCGCUCCGGGUAAUACCUAUCUACUCAGCGGAAGUCUGUGGCGAUCGAUCUGUUUCAUUGAAACUAUUUCUGUGGCCACCUCUUAGGUUGUGGCAGCAAGAGAAGCAAGACAAUUGUGAUCCGAACCGACCGCAGAGAUUGACGGUCAGACAUACGGCUCAACAAGAGGAGGGCCUUGGAAGAGACACUGAACUCUGGUCCAAGUGACGCAUCAAAAGGGCAUCCAUCCAUACUACGGGUUGCUGGAAGUCGCAGUGAUUGAUUGCAACAUCUGCGUGUCAGGAGAAUAAGAUCACUGUCCCUUCACCACCAACGCGCAAUUUUGUUCUUCAAGACGGGCUGGCCAUUGUCAAUAUAACGUCGCCAACAAUAUGUCUCAACAGCCACUUCUUCAGAGUGCCCCAGGCAAACGCAUCGCUCUUCCAACCCGGGUAGAGCCCAAAGUCUUCUUUGCCAACGAAAGAACCUUCCUUUCAUGGCUCAACUUCACCGUCAUCCUCGGCGGUCUUGCCGUCGGUCUCCUCAACUUCGGUGACUCGGUCGGCCGCAUAUCCGCCGGCUUGUUUACCCUGGUGGCCAUGGCCGCCAUGAUCUACGCUCUGUUCACGUUCCACUGGCGAGCAAAGAGCAUUCGGGUGAGAGGCCAAGGCGGAUUUGAUGAUAGAAUUGGGCCCACUGUUCUGGCUCUGGCUUUGCUGGCGGCUGUGGUGGUCAACUUUGUGCUCAGAAUCGUUGAAUCGUAAGCAAGCUCUCGAAACGGUAAAAGCUGGUACGAGAGGUGGGGAUAAACUUGACGGUCGGUUGUUGGGACCGAGUAAUCUAUAUGGACGUGGAUUGUACAGACUCCCUACAAGGGAAUGAGGAUAAAGGGUCCAGGAGGAGAAAUGAAAGGCAAAUCCGUCAAGCUUGCUCAGUCACUGCUUCUCAUGUUUUUAGCAAGGAUAGCGAUGGUUACUACUACUACUAGUAGUUCCAAGCAUCGAAACAAGCUUGGAUAGCGUUGUAUCGAGGAAGAAAGAUUGCCCUACCAACUACAAGCGCGUGUCUCAUUUGGCCCUUGAAGUUUCCGUCUUUCAGCCUAACGCCCUGCUCCAAAAAGGCCGUUCAAGUUUC